CAUUUUGCUUGGUAGUGCAGUGAACGUAAAAUCAAUCCUAUGUAUUUUAUCGGGGAUAUAAUUGUUAUUUAGUUAAAAAUUAGUGUUUCCAUACACUAAUGGCUUGCUUAAAUACACUUAAGUUAGAAAUUAAGACCUUAGAACAAGUUUUUCCAAAAAAUCAUGAACGGUUUCAGAUAAUGUCUGCUAGUGUCGACGAACUGACCUGCAGAUUCGUUGGCAGAAGUGGAAAGAAAUAUGAAAUACAUGCAAAUAUUACCGAAACAUACCCUAACACACCACCUGUGUGGUUCGCUGACAGUGAAGAUCCUAUUGUGACAAAUGCUGUACAAAUUCUCACUAAUACACAAGGCAGAGACAAUCAUGUCAUUAAUCAGGUUGGUAUAUUGCUGAGAGAGCUAUGCAAAUUACAUGGUGUACCAGAACCGCCAGAUUUAGAUUCUCUGGCGUUACCAGUCCACCCUGCUCCACAACAAAGAGUGCCCAGUGUGACGUCAAAUGGGGCAGAAUCAGGCACAGAAGAGGAUGAAGAAAUGGCUGCGGAAGAAGAUGAAUCAGAAGGGGAAGACGAUUUGCCUCUCGAAAUGGUCGACGACGCUGGGCGCAGCAAUAAGGAUGAUAUGGAAACAGAGCAUUUGGCGACGUUAGAACGACUUCGACAGAAUCAACGCGCUGAUUACCUGUCUGGCAGCGUCUCUGGUAGCCUGCAGGCUACUGACCGUCUCAUGAAGGAGCUUCGCGAUAUAUACCGCAGCCAUUCCUUCAAAAACAACAUGUAUUCCAUUGAGCUAAUAAAUGACUCGUUAUAUGAGUGGAACAUCAGACUUCGAUCAGUGGAUCCCGACAGUCCCCUUCACAACGAUCUCUUGCUUCUGAAAGAGCGAGAGGGUAAAGAUUCCAUACUGCUCAACAUUAUGUUCAAAGAGACUUAUCCGUUCGAGCCUCCUUUCGUUCGCGUCGUUUACCCUAUCAUAUCAGGCGGCUACGUGUUAGUAGGCGGUGCGAUCUGCAUGGAGCUACUCACAAAGCAGGGGUGGUCGUCCGCGUACACGGUGGAGGCUGUGAUAAUGCAGAUUGCGGCUACACUGGUGAAGGGCAAAGCGCGCAUACAGUUCGGCGCUACCAAGGUGGUCUCACAGUCGCAGUAUUCGUUAGCGCGUGCGCAACAGAGCUUCAAGUGCCUCGUGCAGAUACACGAGAAGAAUGGUUGGUUCACACCUCCAAAAGAGGACGGCUAAUGCAUGCCGCACCGCUCUAACAUUUAAGACUAACGUGACAGUCGACGACGCCCAAACGAAUCACAAUCAAAAUCCGACAAGUGGCUCAAACAGAUUGCCUGGUCUUAAAAUAAUAUAUAUUAUUCCACACAGUUCGUGAAACAGUUUUUAUGUUAAGUAUGACUGAAUGGACUAGCGUGGUCGAUAUCUCGAGUAUUGUAUGUAACUUUAAUUGUUAAGUGCUAUUAAAUGUUUUGAUAAGUGCGGGCGUUUACGAGAGACUUUAUAAGACUUAUAGGAAAUGUUUAAAUGUGUAACGUUUUUUGUAAUCAUUAAUUUCUCAUU